AUGCCUGAUUGCCGUCUCUCUCCCUCACGCAAAGCCAGAUAUAGCUUUGUGGUAUCGGAUUUAUUUGAAUUUAGUAUUUCUGACGUGAUUGGAAGUGGUAGCGGUGAAGGUGGUAGAAGCGGAUAUGGUGCUGGAGGAGCACCAAGAGGUGGAUACGGAGGUGGAAGUGGUGGAGGCAGUGAUGGUGAUAGCGGUGGAGCUGCUGUCGGUGGAUCUGGUGCAGGUCAAGGAGCAGAAAGUGUUGGCGGAUAUGGUACUGGUGGGGCAUUAGGCGGUGGAUAUGGUGGUGGAAGCGGUCAUGGAAGUGGUGGCGGCGAUGGUAGAGCGACUUUUGGUGGAGCACAUGGUGGUGGAUCGGAUGCAGGUGAAGGAGGUGGAAGUGAUGGUGGAUACAGUGCUAGUAGGGCACCAGGUGGUGGAUAUGGUGGUGGAAGUGGUCACAGAGAUGGCAGUGGAGGUGGUUCAGUCGGAGGAGUCGGAGGAGCAUCAGGUGGCAAAUAUCGAAGUGGUGAAGGUUCUGGCAGUGGUGCAGGUGAAGCUCAUGGAGUAGAAGGAUAUGAUGGUGGCGGUGGAGGUGAAGCCGGUGAUGGAGGAGCCUCUAUCGGUGGUGGAUAUGGUAGUGGAGGCGGUCAUAGAGGUGGUGGUGGCAGUGGUGAAGCGACUUCUAGUGGAGCACAUGGUGGUGUAUCGGGUGCAGGUGCUGGAGGUGGAAGUGGUGGUGGAUACAGUGCUGGUGGAGCACCAGGUGGUGGAUAUGGUGGUGGAGGUGGUUCAGUAGGAGGGAGACAGAGGAGCAUCAGGUGGCGGAUAUGGAAGUGGUGA